CGAGCGUAUUUCAGGUUGCUAACCACCCACUUCCGUGCAAUACCCAUGGCGCCGAUAAAGACUCAAUGGACGCGGUUGAUCCGCUUCGUAGCUGCUGAGACGGGGCUGGUGCACCUGGGAGAACCGGUAGAUAGGCAUCUCGAUGUCGGACUGGCCGCCUACGAGAAGAAGACACCCAUCAAGGCAUAUGAGAUUCUCGGGUCUGCGCUCGACCCGGCCGCCCAGGUUACGAAGAACGUGCUGACCGUGAAGGAGCUGCUCGCGCCGCUGACGAGGGAGGAGGUGAAGCUUGUGAGGUGUCUGGGGCUGAACUAUGCUGAUCAUGCGGCAGAAGCAAAGCUGGCUAAGCCCGCUGCCCCGGUCCUGUUCUACAAGCCCGCGACAUCAGUCAUUGGCCCGCUCGCCCCCAUUUCUCUGCCGAAAUAUGCACAGCCAGUGGACAAGCACCUGUCCGACUACGAGGUGGAACUCGUUAUCGUGAUCGGAAAGGCGGCGAAGAACGUAUCUGAGGCGGAUGCCUUGGACUACGUUUUGGCUUACACGGGUGGGAACGAUGUCUCGUUCAGGACGCAUCAGUUCGCCACGUCCCAAUGGGGCUUCUCGAAGAGUUUCGAUGAUUCCAACCCUAUCGGACCGUGUCUCGUGGCGGCGACGUCAAUCGCCGAUCCGCAGAAGGUCCAGCUGAGAACUGUACUCAACGGCCAGAUCAUGCAGAACGGCACGACUGCCAAUCAGAUCUUCACCGUCCGCCAGACAAUCUCCUACCUCUCGCAGUCCACGACGCUCCUGCCUGGUUCCAUCAUCAUGACCGGUACCCCCGCGGGCGUUGGCUUCGUCAGACAGCCGCCUGUCGUGCUAAAGCACGGUGAUGACUGCAGGGUGUGGGUUGGCAACGGUAUCGGGACCUGCGUCAAUUCGGUUGUGGAGGAGGGCAAAGGCUCUAUCAAGGCUAAGCUGUAACGGAUUUUCCUGGGCUAGUAUUGGGUGCUACGGCUAUAGAUUGGCAUAACUUGUGUACGACGCGUGUAAGAUAGGAAAUGUUACCCUUUCUCAUGUAUCCAUUCCGCCUUUGUGGGUCUUGAGGACUAUGUAUUCCCAACGCGCCGGGUCA